AUAUCAGACUGUUUCAAACCUGUCGGCCCAUUAACGCGCUCCUCUGCACCUGCGCUCUGAGGGCGUUCCUGGGCUCGCGGCGCAGCGGGCAGGCAGACAGCAGCGCGCGGCUGGCUGCAGCGACCUGUCUCUUUAAGUUGGUGUCAAAGCCGAUUACCGCUGAUCUCCGUCGUGAUUCUGUUUUCACCGUCUGUUCCCUCAAUCUAUUUUUGUUUUGCGUCGCUGACGGAGCGAGAAGCUUCUUCCUUCUCGUACCUUUCUCUCCUUUUUUUUUGUUCCGGGGAAGUCCUGGUCAAAGUUUGGUGCGGAGAGAGACGCGGUGAAGUGUGGUGGUUCUCCGCGGCUCCACAGUAAAGCCUCAAUCCGGCGAGCUGCUGAGUGUGAUGUGCGCUGCGCCGCGGACGCUCCAACUUUUUCUACCAUGGUAAGCCUGGAUUACCUUUUCCUGCAAACGGAGACAGUAACCGCUCUCUCUGUGGUAUCCUUCCGCUAAAAGAACGGCAGUGGGCGCGUGUCGGGAGAUGUGAGGUGAUGCCUCGAGGGACUGUUUGAAGUUGGCACCAAAAUAACAUAAAAUGCAGAAGAGCGUGCGGUACAAUGAGGGCCACGCGCUGUAUCUGUCGGUGGUUGCGCGUAAAGAGGGCACCAAGCGCGGCUUCCUGAGCAAGAAGACCACGGAGAACAGCCGCUGGACCGAGAAAUACUUCGCGCUCUACCAGAACGUGCUCUUCUACUUCGAGAACGACCAGAGCACGAGGCCCUCCGGUAUCUACCUGCUGGAGGGAUGCACGUGCGAGCGGGCACCGGCGCCCAAGGUCUCCGCGAUCAGCAAGGAGCCGAUGGAGAAACAGCAGCACUACUUCCUGGUCAUCUUCGGCCACGAUGGACAGAAACCGCUGGAGCUGCGGACGGAGGAGGAGUCCGACUGUAAUGAGUGGGUGGAGUGCAUCCAGCAGGCCAGUUACUCCGACAUCAUCAUCGAGCGUGAGAUCCUGAUGCAGAAGUACAUCCACCUGGUCCAGAUCAUGGAGACGGAGAAGAUCGCAGCCAAUCAGCUCCGCACUCAGCUGGAGGACCAGGACACUGAGAUUGAGAGGCUUAAAGCUGAGAUUCUAGUGUUGAACAAAACCAAGGAAAGGAUGCGGCCUUACCAGAGCAACCAGGAGGAGGAAGACCCCGAUAUCAAAAAGAUCAAAAAGGUGCAGAGCUUCAUGCGCGGCUGGCUGUGCCGGAGGAAGUGGAAGAUCAUUGUCCAGGACUACAUCUGCUCCCCUCACGCCGAGAGCAUGAGGAAGAGGAACCAGAUCGUCUUCAACAUGGUGGAGGCGGAGACCGAGUACGUCCACCAGCUGUCCAUCCUGGUCAACUGCUUCCUCAGGCCGCUCCGCAUGGCCGCCAGCUCCAAGAAACCUCCCAUCAGCCACGACGACGUCAGCAGCAUCUUCCUCAACAGUGAGACCAUCAUGUUUCUGCAUGAGAUCUUCCACCAAGGUCUGAAGGCCCGCAUCGCCAACUGGCCCACACUCGUUCUGGCCGACCUGUUCGACAUCCUGCUGCCCAUGCUCAACAUUUACCAGGAGUUUGUGCGUAACCACCAGUACAGUCUGCAGGUGCUGGCGAACUGUAAGCAGAACAGAGACUUUGACAAGCUGCUCAAACAGUACGAGUCCAACGCAGCGUGUGAGGGCCGCAUGUUGGAGACCUUCCUCACGUAUCCCAUGUUCCAGAUUCCGCGGUACAUCAUCACUCUCCACGAGCUGCUGGCACACACACCUCACGAGCAUGUGGAGCGCAAGAGUCUGGAGUUUGCUAAAUCCAAACUGGAGGAGCUGUCGAAGAUGAUGCACGAUGAGGUGAGCGACACGGAGAACAUCAGGAAGAAUCUGGCGAUAGAGAGGAUGAUUGUCGAAGGCUGUGACAUCCUCUUAGACACAAGCCAGACCUUCGUCAGACAAGGCUCUCUCAUCCAGCUGCCGUCCAGCAGUGAGCGGGGCAUGCUCAGUAAGGUCCGCCUGGGCUCCCUGUCGCUGAGGAAGGAGGGAGAGAGGCAGUGCUUCCUGUUCACCAAACACUUCCUCAUCUGUACCCGAACAUCUGGAGGAAAGCUUCACUUGCUCAAGCAAGGAGGAGCCUUGUCUCUGAUCGAGUGCACUCUCAUUGAAGAACUAGACACCAGCGAUGAGGACUACAACGCAGCAGGUCAGGGCUUCAACCACCUGGAGUUUAAGAUCGUGGUGGAGCCUCCUGACGGUCAGUCCUUCUCCGUCGUGCUCUUGGCUCCUUCUCGUCAGGAAAAGGCGGCGUGGACCAGCGACAUCAGCCAGUGCAUCGAUAAUAUCCGCUGUAACGGCCUGAUGACCAGCGUGUUCGAGGAGAACUCCAAAGUUUCUGUUCCACACAUGAUCAAAUCCGACGCCCGGCUGCAUAAAGACGACGUUGACAUUUGCUUCAGCAAGACGCUCAACUCCUGCAAGGUCCCUCAGAUCCGGUACGCCAGCGUGGAGCGUCUGCUGGAGCGGCUGACCGACCUGCGCUUCCUCUCCAUCGAUUUCCUCAACACCUUCCUCCACACCUACAGGAUCUUCACCACGGCCGCCGUGGUCAUCGACAAGCUGGCCGACAUCUACAAGAAGCCGUUUACCUCCAUACCUGUCAGGAUCGAGCAGCACUCAUGUGAUCGUCUGUCCAUCACGUCCCUCUGUCCUGACUACAGUCUGAAGAUCACACAGCUCGCGCUGGACCAGACUAAGUCUCUGGAGCUCUUCUUCGCGACCAACCAGGGCGCCUGGGGAACGGACCCCUUGAACAACAAAUCCCCGAGGCUCUGCCGCAAGUUUUCCUCCCCCCCUCCCCUCUCCAUCCCCUCUCGCACCUCCUCCCCCGUCCACUGCCGCAAGCUCUCCCUCAGCUCGCCGAUCAGCGCGAAAGCAGGAGCCCUGGACCUGUCGACUACCCCCUCCUCCUCUGCAGCCAACUCCCCCACCUCCAGUCACAGCCCCUCCAUCUCCUCUCCCCCUCCCGGCUCGACCAGGCCCCCCUCGGGCUUCUCCUCCCCGCCGCCCACCGCCACGCGCUCUCCCAGCCUCCCCCAGGCCUCUGGGGUGUCCUCGCCUCCCCCCGUCUCCACCAAGGCCCCGCUGGACCUCAGCCGCGGUCCCAGCUCCCCAGAGCUGAGCCCAGCGACAGGGGAGGACGUCAGCGGCGAGCUGCCUCGCAUCGACGCCUUCUGUGGGAAGCUGAGGCGAAGCAUCCGCAGGGCUGUCCUGGAGUCAGUGUCUCUGGACAAGUUUAUUCCUGAAUCACCUGCCGGCAGCGAGGCGGGCGACAUGUCGCCCUGCCGCUCCCCCUCGACGCCGAGGCACCUCCGCUACCGACAGACAGGAGUCACAUCGGGGGAGAACUCUCGCUGUACAAUGUCGCCGGCCUCGGCGUUCGCAAUCGCCACCGCCGCCGCCGGGCACAGCAGCUCCCAGGGUUUUAGUAACUCGGAAAAAGCCUGUGACAAAGAAUUCAUCAUCCGCAGAGCUGCCACCAACAGAGUCCUGAAUGUGCUGCGACACUGGGUUUCCAAACACUCGCAGGACUUUGACAUGAACAGUGACCUGAAGGUGGGGGUGAUCAGUCUGUUGGAGGAGGUGCUGCGAGAUCCAGACCUGCUGCCACAGGAGAGGAAAGCGACGACAAACAUAUUAAGUGCCCUUUCUCAAGAAGAACAAGACGACGCUCAGCUGAGGAUAGAGGACAUUUUACAAAUGGCGGAGAGUCCUAAAGCGGAGUGUUUUGAGUCUCUGUCAGCGAUGGAACUGGCCGAACAGAUCACACUACUGGACCACAUCGUGUUCAGGAGCAUUCCCUACGAGGAGUUCCUCGGUCAGGGCUGGAUGAAGGUCGACAAGACUGAGAGGACUCCGUUCAUCAUGAAGACCAGCCAGCACUUUAAUGACAUGAGUAACCUGGUGGCGUCUCAGAUAAUGACCCACACUGACGUGGGCUCCAGAGCCAGCUCCAUAGAGAAAUGGCUGGCGGUGGCCGAUAUCUGCCGCUGCCUCAACAACUACAACGGAGUCCUGGAGAUCACCUCUGCUCUCAACCGCAGCGCCAUCUACAGGCUGAAGAAGACCUGGGCCAAAGUCUGCAAACAGACGAAGGCUCUGAUGGACAGGCUGCAGAAGACGGUGUCGUCAGAGGGCAGGUUCAAGAACCUCAGAGAGACUCUGAAGAACUGUAACCCUCCGUGUGUGCCGUACCUGGGCAUGUACCUCACUGACCUGGCUUUCAUUGAGGAGGGAACACCCAACUUCACUGAGGAGGGCCUGGUUAACUUCUCCAAGAUGAGGAUGAUUUCUCAUAUCAUCCGGGAGAUCCGUCAAUUUCAGCAAGCACCUUACAGGAUAGAGCACCAGCCCAAGGUGACUCAGUUCCUCCUGGAUAAGACCCUAGUGAUGGAUGAAGACACCCUCUAUGAGCUGUCCCUGAAGAUCGAACCCAGAGUACCACCUGGCUGAUGAGAACCCGUAACAAACCCACACAGACGUGAUAUUUGAACAUGUAUAUUCCCGUUAAAACACAGGCCAACGAUGAAUUAAGGCAACUUGAGGUUCAUUCUCAGUGAAGCGGGGGUUGUUACACGAAACACCACCAGUUAUCGUGCUUAGGAAACUCAGGAGAAAAUGUGCCUUGUUGUAUGAAUAGUGUACAGUGUAUGUAGUAAACAGAAUGGACUGUGGAACACACACAACUCUGCCAUACAAUCGUACAGUUAUGACUGUAGAAACAGCCAUGUUAGCUACUGAACAUGGCACUAGAAAGUAACCAGUUGCUGCUAUCACACUGUAAAUACCAAACAAUCUGCCUCUGUAGUCUUGCACAUAAACGUGACCAGAUGAGUUUUGUAUUAUUUGUAUGAUCAGGGUACGAAAUGAGCCCCACCCCCACAGCCCCAGGUUUGCUGUGUGGUAGCGUCUGAAGAUGCACCAUGUAAACAAAGCAUCUGUAUAAAGAGAAGUGGAACCUGUUGAAAUGAAAGUUGUUUACAGGGAGUUUCCAGGUGUUUCAGCCCAGAGAGCAUCCACAUUAAAGCAGCAGUAACUUGUAUUUUGGCAGAACAAGCUGUAAACACAACACUGACAUGUUAUCGUCUGAUAAAGUUGGCUAAAGACAUGCAGCGACAUUACCUUUUAUCAGGAGUUGUAUUUGCGUUCACCUGAUGAAUGUAAGUCCAAUAUUCACCCUCCGUUGCACUCUUGUUUUUGUCUCCAACAACUCCUAAAAUCACUAUCCGGCUCUCUGGCAGAUACACGCUCCACUGUGCUCACUAGCUAGUCUCUAAAUUGGGUUUGGGAGUUUUUUUGAAAGAAAUACAGCAGCUGGAAUGGAGGUUAAUGAAAGAGCUGAGAGCGAAAUAAAACCAUAAAGUUGUGGGCUGUAAAACCAAAACAUGUUUGGUUAGUCACUGAGCGACUGUUUACAAUUAACACACGAUCAUUUCAACCACUUUCACUAUUUAAAAAAGUAUUGAUCGCUGGUAAUUUAAAGGAGCUCUAUGUAUAUUUUUUGCUAUCACUAAAUAGCCCAUGUUAGCAUUAACAGCUAUUUACUUACCCGUCUAGUAGAAACGCUGCAAGUUCAGCACCAGACUUAUUACUGUACUCACCAAGAGCUGUGACACCAAUGCUUUUCUUCUGCUGAAGUUAGCAUGCUAACCAGCUAGCACCUGGCCCCGCAGGCCUGUCUCAUCACUUUUCGAUGCGACUCUUCAUAGCGUCCAGGCUGCCCUGAAGGAUUAGUGCUGCCCAAAGAGCAUAUCCUAGCACUUCUUGUGUUGUAAAUUCAACCAUGGCAGAAACUCCUGGUGAGAAACCACAUUCAGCAGCAGAGAAAACUUAACUUAAACACUUCAUUUGUCAGUGUUUGUGUUUCUAGCUUGUUCUCCUGCCCCCAGGUGGCCACAAAAGUUCAGUGUUUGUGAUACCCUGGAAAAAAUUCACCAUAUCGGCCCAAAUAUAGGAAGGCCCUGAUAAUACAUUGACUCCAAAAGUUGACUCCCAUCUUUUUGUCUUUUUAACUCUGGAAAACAAAUAUCCUUUUUAGCCAGUGAGCAUCACUUCUCCUCAGUUGUCGGCCGCCAUGCCAAACUCCGCCCCACAGAACAGUGCAGCACACAGGGUCAACACAGGGUUCUCUGGUCUGUUUGCCUCUCAGUCACAGGAGAUGUCGACUCGAGCUUCACUCCGACGUUUUUAUAUCUUUACUCAUCUGUUAACGGUUAACGAAAGGUUCAUGUUGUUGCAGUUGCUCUUGUAUUGCAUUUGCAUGUUGCAGCAAAAAUCUUUGUAGCUUUCAAACAUUCCAGAUCUGAAAAUAUACUUAUCACAAAUAUAAGAUAUAUUGUUUCGUAUCUUGACAAUCAAGAGCAAGAAUCAUGUCUUUUCAGUUUUGUAAUGAGUCAUUUUGUACACAGAGGUUUCUGAUUUUGAAUAGUCUUCAUCUUUUUUUAAAGAACUGGCCUCAGAGGUUUCUUACUACAAAACCCAACAGUUUCUUUUCCAUGUAUCACUGUUAUUAUUACUAUUAUUACUAUUAUUAGUUCCUUGUUGAUGUGAUCAUUUAAUCAUAUUCAUAUUUUAAACCUUGUUGACUGUAUUAGUAAGAUAGUAACAUCUUUGCACUGUUGAUUGGUAAAGAAAGUCAGUAGACUCUAAACUUGUUUAUAGCAUGAAUAUAGCAUGAACCCCCUCCUCGCUCCAGAUUCCUGUCCCUGGUAGGUGACUGUUACUGACUUUUAUUAGCUCUAUUCUUUUAUUUUUGUCCCAGGAAUCUUUUAACGCUUUAAAGCAUUAGUGGAUAAAGACCCCUGCUUUCUUACACUGCUGUAUUCUUUGACAUUCCAGUUUUGCUGUUGUAUUUUUUCCAUUCAUUUCUCUGUGUAAUGUACAGAUAUUUACACACUCUAGGUUUAAAAAUAAAAGCAAAACUAAUGUGAAUUGUAA